GUACUCCCACUUACAUAGUUAAAAGGUACGAUCUAAUAACAGAGUGGUAACGCUACUAUAUGUAACUGAGAGGUUGCGACGUUGAAUCACAAUGGAAGCACUGACAGAAUGGGCACAGAAGAAUAUUCUGAUAUCCACUCUGGUUUUAGCAGUAACUGUUGCCUACAUUACUCAUUAUAUUUUAUAUCGAAAUCGGAAACGAAAUUUUCCUCCCGGACCUAUAGGAUUACCAAUUGUCGGUUAUUUACCAUUCAUUCGAAAAGAUGCGCCACAAAAGUUCAAUCGGUUACGCGAUAAAUACGGUGGAAUAUUUAGUGUUUAUUUAGGUAGUCGAUACACAAUUGUUUUGACUAAUUAUUCUUCCAUAAAAGAAGGUUUAAACAAUUCGUUUAUGCUUGCUCGUCCUCCCCAGAUGGUAUUUGAUAUAUUUUUAAAAACAAAAUAUAACAAAGCUGGAUUUGGAGGAAAACGAUGGUUGGAACAACGUCGAUUUGUAUUUCAUACACUUCGAGAGCUUGGAUUUGGAAGAAGAGGAAUGGAAGAAUUUAUUACGGAAGAAAUCUCUUUUGUCAUCAAAAAAAUUCAAACUCUAAAAGGAAAACCACUUCGAGCUGUUGAUAUACUAACUCCCAGUAUAUCAAAUGUAGUAUGUUUUUUGUUAUUUGGAAAAAGAUUGGAGUAUGAUUCUCCCGAAAGAAAAUUACUCGACGAGAGCCUAAAUGUUGUUACAAAGUUUUUCGGUCAAUCUUCUAUUCAAAUGUUCAUUCCUUGGUUGAAAUCGUUUAUGUAUUAUUCGGGUAUCUUUAAUUUUAACAAAGCAAUUGCCGCUGCAUCCAACAUAACGACAUUUAUAAAGAAAGAAGUUAAAGAACACGAAAAGACUUUGGAUAUCAAUUGUAUUAGAGACUACAUCGACGGAUAUUUAAUUGAAUUAAAGAAAGAAAAGGAUAACAUCAAUUCUUAUUUUGAUACGGAAAUGCUACUUCAAAGUGUAAUAGGAUUAUUUGGUGCUGGAAGCGCAACUGUUCAAGAAAGCUUAUCAUGGGCAUUUCUCAUUAUGGCAAAAUAUCAAAAUAUUCAGAAUCGUGUUCAACAAGAAAUAGAUGAUAACAUAGGAGGACAUCGUCGGCCCACCUGGGGAGACCGUCUUAAACUUCCUUUUACUCAAGCUGUUAUUUAUGAAAUGCAACGAUGGAGAACUAUUAUUCCGUUGAAUAUUCUUAGAUGUUGUCAAGAAGACACAACACUGAAAGGUUACAUCAUACCAAAGGGAAGUAUUGUUCUGGCAAAUAUCUGGUCUGCUCACAACGAUAAAGUUUAUUGGAAAGAUCCCGAAGUGUUUCGUCCAGAAAGAUUUUUAGACGAAACAGGAAGUAAACUUAUUCAACACGAUUAUUUUAUCCCUUUUUCGUUGGGUAAAAUGUCUUGUCCGGGAGAAACCUUGGCCAAAACAGAACUGUUUUUGUAUUUUACAAAUAUUUUGCAGAAUUUUACGAUCAAACCACCAGAAGGAGCAAUUUUAGAUAUGGAAGGAACACUUGGAAUCGCUUACGCAUCGAAACCUCAAAAGUUGUGCUUUUUGGAAAGAGAACACAACGAAUUAACAAUAACAAUGGAAGCACUGACAGAAUGGGCACAGAAGAAUAUUCUGAUAUCCACUCUGGUUUUAGCAGUAACUGUUGCCUACAUUACUCAUUAUAUUUUAUAUCGAAAUCGGAAACGAAAUUUUCCUCCCGGACCUAUAGGAUUACCAAUUGUCGGUUAUUUACCAUUCAUUCGAAAAGAUGCGCCACAAAAGUUCAAUCGGUUACGCGAUAAAUACGGUGGAAUAUUUAGUGUUUAUUUAGGUAGUCGAUACACAAUUGUUUUGACUAAUUAUUCUUCCAUAAAAGAAGGUUUAAACAAUUCGUUUAUGCUUGCUCGUCCUCCCCAGAUGGUAUUUGAUAUAUUUUUAAAAACAAAAUAUAACAAAGGCAAGUUAUAUUCGAAAAUGCUAAAUGUCAUAUAUAGUGAAAAUAUUUGAAAAUGUCUAUUAAUCAUAGCUGGAUUUGGAGGAAAACGAUGGUUGGAACAACGUCGAUUUGUAUUUCAUACACUUCGAGAGCUUGGAUUUGGAAGAAGAGGAAUGGAAGAAUUUAUUACGGAAGAAAUCUCUUUUGUCAUCAAAAAAAUUCAAACUCUAAAAGGAAAACCACUUCGAGCUGUUGAUAUACUAACUCCCAGUAUAUCAAAUGUAGUAUGUUUUUUGUUAUUUGGAAAAAGAUUGGAGUAUGAUUCUCCCGAAAGAAAAUUACUCGACGAGAGCCUAAAUGUUGUUACAAAGUUUUUCGGUCAAUCUUCUAUUCAAAUGUUCAUUCCUUGGUUGAAAUCGUUUAUGUAUUAUUCGGGUAUCUUUAAUUUUAACAAAGCAAUUGCCGCUGCAUCCAACAUAACGACAUUUAUAAAGAAAGAAGUUAAAGAACACGAAAAGACUUUGGAUAUCAAUUGUAUUAGAGACUACAUCGACGGAUAUUUAAUUGAAUUAAAGAAAGAAAAGGAUAACAUCAAUUCUUAUUUUGAUACGGAAAUGCUACUUCAAAGUGUAAUAGGAUUAUUUGGUGCUGGAAGCGCAACUGUUCAAGAAAGCUUAUCAUGGGCAUUUCUCAUUAUGGCAAAAUAUCAAAAUAUUCAGAAUCGUGUUCAACAAGAAAUAGAUGAUAACAUAGGAGGACAUCGUCGGCCCACCUGGGGAGACCGUCUUAAACUUCCUUUUACUCAAGCUGUUAUUUAUGAAAUGCAACGAUGGAGAACUAUUAUUCCGUUGAAUAUUCUUAGAUGUUGUCAAGAAGACACAACACUGAAAGGUUACAUCAUACCAAAGGGAAGUAUUGUUCUGGCAAAUAUCUGGUCUGCUCACAACGAUAAAGUUUAUUGGAAAGAUCCCGAAGUGUUUCGUCCAGAAAGAUUUUUAGACGAAACAGGAAGUAAACUUAUUCAACACGAUUAUUUUAUCCCUUUUUCGUUGGGUAAAAUGUCUUGUCCGGGAGAAACCUUGGCCAAAACAGAACUGUUUUUGUAUUUUACAAAUAUUUUGCAGAAUUUUACGAUCAAACCACCAGAAGGAGCAAUUUUAGAUAUGGAAGGAACACUUGGAAUCGCUUACGCAUCGAAACCUCAAAAGUUGUGCUUUUUGGAAAGAGAACACAACGAAUUAACAAUAUAAAUUCUAAAUUACAGUAUACCUAAAUCCUGAAAACAUUUCAUUCAUUUUUCUUUUAUAAUUGAUUCAAAAUUAGAUUUCAUUAAUCACUACGCGUAGUUAUUGUAAAAGUGAAUAACUCAUUCGGUUUGCGCGAGUUUCUGAACAAAUAUAUAAAAAUCAAUAAAUACUUCUUAAUUUGAUAAUGUAGCUUUUUAUUAC